AGAAAUCUUGAACGAACAAAAACUAUUUUUAGAAACAAUGAAAAUAAUACUUUAGAUAAACUUGAUGUUAAUAUAGCCAGUAAUUUGGUUUCAUAUUUAACGAAAAAUGAUGAUUCUACCUUGACUAAAUCACGAGAAAAUAGAUGGAAAUCAAAUAAAAAGACUGAUAAUAACACAAAAGAUCAUCCACGUGCUGAUAACUCUGCUUUUUUACCGUUACAAAUCGGAUCUUUCGUAAUAGCUAAAUUUGACAAUACAUUUUGUGUUGCUCAAAUCAUUGCCAUGUAUGAACAAAAGUCCUUGAUGCAUUCAUAUACUGAUACUCCUGUUUCAGAUCUCAAAUCUCUUUCUUAUGUAUCUAUGAAAAUUUUCUUUCAUGUUAAUGGUGCAAUUUUUUCAGAGAUUCGGGAUCAUCAUUUUUUAAUUUUUUCUCAUACUAAAGCUUCUCAUAUUAUUCAUCAUUUGGUAUUAAAAGAUGUUAUUAUUAGUGAAGAAGCAUUAAUUCUUAAAGGACAAGCAAAGGAAUAUUUUAAUGCACUCCUUAAAAUAAAUCAAGAAAUUCUUUUGACAGAAAAUUAUACGACUGUUGGAAGAAGAGCAAGGAACAUUACACGCGUUACACUUGCUGAUAUUGCUAAAAUGAAAAAAGAAAGAAAAAUAGAAGAAAGGGAGGAAAGAGAAAAGGCGAAGAAAAGUGGAAGGGGAAGGGGAAGGGGAAGGGGAAGGGGAAGGGGAAGGGGGAGAGGAAGGGGGAGAGGAAGGGAAAGAGGAAGAGGAAGUGGUGAUGAAGAAGCAACUACAUAA